AUGUAUAAAAAUCCUGGCAUUCGUGUUAUCGCAUUGGUGCUAUUGAUCAACUCCUUGGUAGCUAGCGACCUUUUGUUUAAAAAGGGAUGGUACAAAUCCAGCAAGAAGGGUUCAAAGACCCUAGUGAAUGACGUGGAACACAUCGAUAACAAACAGUUUCCAGAUUCCAAGUAUCUCAGGGUCAGUGCGCGUCUUCCAAUUUUGGUGAGCAACAGUGUGCGGAACUUGACCAAACUAUCUACUUUGAAGCUAUCAUUUUGUGGUAUCACUGUACUGAAACCUGGUGCAUUUAUUAAUCUACCUAACUUGACCACGCUGGCUUUGAUAGACAACAAGAUAGAAAGUAUACCAAGAGGUGUGUUUAACAAUCUCAAUGUUGGCACCUUGUUUCUCCAGAGGAACCAAAUUGAAACCAUAGAUGCAGAAGCCUUUGAUGAUAUGCCGAAUUUGUUCAGGAUUAAACUCAAUGCCAAUAAAAUUUCGACAUGGAAUGGUGAGUGGUUCAAAAAUACACCACGCUUGUCUCAGCUGUAUUUUAGAAGGAACAAGAUCCAGGUUAUUCCUGAAAGAGCAUUCAAGAAUCUCAAGGCAACAUAUCUACCAGGUGGAAGAAUAGAAUUAGAAAUAUACUUGAGCAAAAACUUGAUAAGAGAAAUUAAUCCUAAGGCUUUUGAUGGGAUUGACACUAUCAGAAAACUAAUGCUAGACAGAAACAACAUUCAAGAGCUUAACGGAGACAUCUUCAAAGGCAUGAAGCAUAUCGACGUGAUAUUUCUGUCAAAAAAUCAACUGAGAGAGCUGCCGAAAAACCUUCUUAGUGCUCUACAUAGUGAUCUGUUAACAUUGGAUCUAGCGGGUAACCAUAACUUUACGUAUUUGCCAUACGAGAUAGUGUCUAAGGUGAAAAUAACAGAAGCUGGGGAUAUUCGACGGUUAGACUGUGAGUCUGUUUUCGAAUUAGUUAAGAAAUUAGCUGAGCAGAAUAAGACUAAUGAGAUUAAGACUGGGUGUACAGAGUACAUCGAAUGA